CAUGACAGUACCAUUGCGUUGGUGUUGAAUGUCAGUUGAGUUAGUGAUUUUCGCUUGUUUGUGUAAUCUUCUGUUAACCGUAAAUUGAACUCUUUCAAGGUUCUCACCAAGGAAUCCACUUGGCAAGUUCAUUAGCGCGCAGGUUCGUGGCCGCAGGCAUGCUUCGGAGAUUAGCGACCGGCUGUUAUCAGCAACCAAGGGCCCUGGCGGCGUUGGCGUCUGCGAUGGGCGUUGCAGACGGCCUACUAGUACUACGGACGGGAACGUGCCGGCGGCGACACCUUCCAAUACGUAGCAGCCAUCACGCAGCUUGUUAUCAUGACGGUGACGCCGGCAAAAACAGAUCACUAGAUCCCGCUUGCGGCGACAGCGAAAAGCGCGAAAACAUCCCAUCAUCGUCGACGGUCAAGAAGUCGUUUUCUUGCCCCUCAUCAUCACCUCAAUCCCUCACCGACAACCGCGUAAAUCCCACCGAUCGCUGUAAAAUAUUGCAAAACACCAAAGUGUCCCGCCAGCACCUGACCCCGGAGCUGGCGCUACACCUUAUCACCGAAGAGUGCACAAUUUAUCACCAGCCCAUCGGCGAGAACUUCUGCUUCCUCACCGAACCGUUCUGGGGGUUUUUCUGGCCUGGAGGCCAAGCGCUGACGAGAUUCAUUCUAGACAACCGGCAAUUAUUCAGUGGGAAAUCCGUCCUGGAUGUCGGCUGCGGCUGCGGCGCAUCAUCGAUUGCAGCGCUCGGAGCAGGCGCGAAACUCGUCACCGCUAACGAUAUCGAUGCAGUCGCCCUUCAAGCCACGCUUCUCAAUGCGGAACUCAAUGCGACCACCUCGGACUCGGACUCGGUCGGCAGCAGCAUCAUUGAGCAGCACCGACUGGAACUGGACCAGUCGAACCAAAUCGGGGCGCCGUGUGAUCGCUACGACGUCAUCCUACUGGGAGACCUGUUCUACGACACCGAAAUCGCUGACGUGCUGAUCCCGUGGCUGAACCGCCUGGCUCGUGACGAUGGCAAAGAUAUCUACAUCGGCGAUCCGGGGAGACACGGCCUGACGGAGACGCGACUGCGAAACAUGAUUCAUCUGGCGCGCUACGAGCUGCCGCCGAAUGUUUGCCUGGAGAAUAACGGGUUUUCUCAUGCGAGCGUUUGGAAAUUUGUUGCGGAUGCGGAGUUUGACCGGCCGCGGAUGAGUUAGCACACCAAUUAUUGUCGAUGUCGAGUGAAGGCCGCCACCACAUUAUGCUUGGAAUUGGAGGAGCGUGUGCGGGGAUGAACGAGUUUCCUAGAAUUUCGGUGAACGAAUUGCGGAGCUUGGCGAGGUCAUGAAUGGGGGAUGGGAGGAACU